CAACCUCCAUCUAUUAAGAGUAAUCUAGUCUGAAAAAUAGGUAUUAAAAUAAACUCUCAUUGUAUAUUAACUUAAGAGUUCCAUGUACAAUUGAUGUAUACAUGUAUAUUCAAGCUUUGUUUUCUCUCAUAUUAUUCACUAUAUCUUUUACAUGAUCUUUGUGGGUUUAGUGCUUAAUUUUCAUUGUAAUAAUAACAAUAUAUGUUUUACAGGUAAGAGUGUGGAGGUAUUAUGCCAGAUGCAUUACUUUAGUUCUCUGCAACUGCCAUAAUUUAGUUUACACAAAACAGUGGUAAGGCCUGACAUAAUUUUUGUUCACUUAUAUUUAUAGUGACUUAGUUCUUUAUAAGGCAUUUUAUUCAACUUUUAAUACAUAAUUGUUAGAAAAUCAUUAUUAUAAAGUUAUGUCAAGACACUGGUAAUAAUCUUUUGAAAAAUAACACUAUUUUCAUAAAUUCAAACACAUUAUAAAAUUAGUGAAAAAUAUAUUAAUACAAUAAAAUAAACAAUAAAUGGAAUCUUUAUUUGGUAACGAGUCUAGCAACUGUAGAAAGAUACAGCAUUAAACGUGUGCAUUCAUCUUCACUAUGUAUGUUACACUAUACUACAGUGGACCCCUGUGUUUCAUGAUUAUUCUGUUCCAGAGUCUGCCGAAAGUUGGAAUUCACGAAUGUCAAAACCAUUUUCCCCAUAAGAAAUAAUUGUAAAUCCAAUUAAUCCAUUCCAGACACCCAAAAGUAUUAACAAAAGUUAAUCUUUUUAUAGAUUAAAUAUAGAUUUAAAUACAGAAAAGAAUGAGAAAUCAAGAAUAAAACAAUAAUAACAUCACACGUACCUUUAUUGAAGACUUUUGUUAGUGUAUGGAAGACGGGAGGAGGGAAGAGGAUGGAGAAGUUACACUAUUGUUUGGAAGGGGAAUUUCCUUCCAUAAAGAGGAAUCCCCUUCCAUAAAGAGAGCUCUUGCAGCUCUACCCUCUACCACCCUCUACCACCAUCACAGCCACUACCACCUUCUACCACCACCACUUUCGGAUUUUUCUACAAACUUUUUGUUUUAUUCUAUCGUGUUUCUUUUCUUCUGUACCAACGAGCUGACACUAAAAGCUAUCUUUGGGCCCAUGGUGGCUUAUUUAGCAGUUGCAAGCCCAAUAAAGAAUUGAUUAUUUUGAAAUGUAUCAUAUGAACGUGUGUGGUGAUGGUCACUCAUCCACAAACAAUGCCACACUGACUCCUGAAUGCAGUGUGGGAGCCUUUGUGUAUGCCCGGCCACUCCCAGCAGCACGGACACAUUCCGUACGACGGACAAAUCACGAAGGAAAUCACGAACCGCGAGGCUUUAUUUUGGUGAAAAAAGUUGCCAAAAGUCAAAAUUCACAAAGCGCGAGGCUCGCGAAACUCGGGGGUCCACUGGACUUAUUAAACCUCCUUUUAUGUUGCACCAUACUAUGUAUUAUUAUUUAUGUUUCAUUUUGUAUAUGUUACACUAUACUGCUUAAUUAAUCUUGACUGUAUAUAUAUAUUACACAGUACUAUUAAUUCUUCACUAUGUAUAUGACAUCAUGCUACAGUACUGUGAUUCAUCAUUCAAUAUAUAUGUUACACCAUACUACUAUUAUUGAACUUUCACUAUAUAUGUUACACGUGUGUGUAUGUGUGUGUGUGUACUUUUAACACGUCAACCAUUUCCCACUGAGACAGGGUAACCCAAAAAGAAAGAAAAAACUUUCAUCAUCAUUCAACACUUUCACCAUCAAUCAUACACAAUUACUGUCUUUGCAGAGAUGCUCAGAUACGACAGUUUAAUGUCCCUCCAAACUACCAAUAUCCCAACCCUCUCCUUUAAAGUGCAGGCAUUGUACUUCCCAUUUCCAGGACUCGAGCCCGGUUAACCCAGUUUCCCUGAAUCCUUUCACAAAAUAUUACCCUGCUCACACUCCAGCAGCUUGUGAAAUCCCAAAAAACAUUCGUUUCCAUUCACUCCUAUCUAACAUGGUUGGUAGACAGCAACCACCCAGGGAGGUACUACCGUCCUGCCAAGUGAGUGUGAGACAGAAAUCUGUAAUUGUUUUACAUGAUGGUAGAAUUGCUGGUGUCUUUUUUUCUGUCUCAUAAACAUGCAAGAUUUCAGGUAUGUUUUGCUGCAUUAGAUCACGCUACACAUGCAUGUACAAGUAUACAUGUAUAUAUAAACACCUCUAUGGGUUUUGUUCUAUUUUCUUAUUAGUUCUUGUUUAUUUCCUCUUAUCUCCAUGGGGAAGUAGGACAGAAUUCUUCCUCUGUAAGCCAUGUGUGUCAUAAGAGGCGACUCAAAUGCCGGGAGCAAGAGGUUAGUAACCCCUUCCCCUGUAUACAUUACUAAAUUUAAAAAGAGAAACUUUUGUUUUUCUUUUUAGGUAUGGUGCACACGGGAGACUGAUACUUAUGAUGAUGUACAUUUCAGCCUGACUUGGACCACUAAUUACUUACAUGACAAGUUAACGGUCCAAGUCUCAUACAUGCGGGUUACUUGUGUAUGACAACUACACUUCUAAGACAACCUCAGUUACUAUUACUGUUACCACUACCACUAAUAUUUCUGCUAAUAACAAAACCACUCCAGUACUACUAUUAAUGCUACCACAGCUACUACCAUUACUACUUCAAAUAUCACAAUAUCAUAGACUCUACUACAGGUCGGCCAUCACUAAUCCGGCAAUCAGUUAUCCGUUUCCAUCAGUAAUCUGACACUAACUUUGGCUAGCAUAAUUUCAAAUUUCAUCAUUAUACUGACUCAGAAAUUGUGCAGGUAGUUGUACAUCCACAGCAGCAAGCCAGUGGAGGAGAAAGCAGGGAUGAAAAUGAGGAAGAUAUAGCAGAAAGAGUCUCUAUUGGUAGGUUAAUUAAGUGUUUUCUAGCCUAACCACUCAGUAAUCCAGCACACUGAUGCCGGAUUAGUGAUGGCCGACCUAUAGUAUUACUGUUGUUGUGGCUAUUACACUACCACUGUUAUUACCACUUUCGCUAAACAAAUGUCACUACCAACACUGCAGCUACCACUACUCCCAUUAAUUAACUGAGUUUAUGGUAAUAUUGGAUGGUGUAUACAGGUACAACACAGAUGUUGUGCAUACCUGUAUAAAAGACAUGCACUCGGGCACAUGCAUUCACAAUUUUGAGGGUUUAUUGUGUGUGCCAUCCAAGCAGUGUCUGGGGAAAUGUAUAUGUAAGAGAAGUGUGUAAGUUUAAAUAUGUGGAUGAAGACAAAAAGGGACAAUGGAAGUUGAGCUGUGUUCUCUCUUAUGUGUGACUAUGACCAUAAUAAACUUUUUGAUAAUUACAUACAGUACUAAUAUUUGAAUCAGAUAAUUGUACCUAGAAGCAUAUUGUGGAAUUAAUUAUUAUUUAAUCAAGUCUUCAAAAAUGUUGACAGAUUCUUGGAUAUCUGGAUCAAUUUUAUAAUCUACUCACUGUUGGAGGAUAGAUCACACCUCCCCCCCCCCACACACACACAAUGCAUACACCUGUAUGCAUGCAUGCCUGCACACACAUGCACACAUUCACACACAUACAUACACAUACACUUACACAUUAAUGCUUAGAAGUUAGGCAAAAUAGACACAUGUAUUUUUCUCCUAUUUGAAAAUUUGUAUUGUUAUUGCCAUAUACUGUACUAUGUGUGGCCUAUUGCCAUAUGUCAUAUAUGAGCUGUUGCCAUGUACCAUGACUGACCUCUCUCUCCUGAAGUUUACAGGCAGUGCGAGACGGACCUGGUCUCUUAUUGACUGGGGCUCAAGAUGACCACUUCUAACAUAGGCCUCAGAAAAAUCUCUCAUAGUACGUAUGUGAAUGUGUCAAAGAACUGCAUCAUUCUCUUUUCUUUAUUGGAUUUUCCCUCAUUGGAAAAAUAAUAAAUAAGUAGAGUUUCCAUGAUUAUAGUUUUAUUACAUAAUAAGAGAGAUUUCAUGAAUGAGAGAUUUUUUUGAAUUUUUGCCACAGUUCAGACAAAUUGCCAUGGACCAAAACUUAUCAAAACUAUCUAGUUCAAGCUUAAAGUGUUAUGUUUCAGAAGGUAAGUAAUGUCUGAGUCUUGCCAAUAGAUGAACAAUAUUCUGGCUGCUUGCUUUGUCACUUAUAAUCAGCUAUAAUUUUUAUCAGUAAUGUUACCAAGAUAAUUCAGCAAAAUUUCAAUAUUAAACAGAAUUGAAUGGAACAUGAUUGUACUAUAAAGUGCAAGCACAAAGUGAAAAUGUGACAGGGUUGUCAAAAGAAUGAUGCACCAUCAUUUUUCUAUCUAAAGACAAUUAUUUUUUUCUUUAUUCAUUUAAUAUAGUAUACAUACUAUAUUCUAUAUGCAACAUUGUAUCAGUCAUGAUUCAGAAAAUCAUAAUAACACAAUUGCAAAUGAAUUGCAGAAUGAGUGAGGUAUAGACCAGGGGAUAGCACACUGGCAUGUGAGCUUUAAGACUCCUUUACCACAGGUUAAAAUCCCACCCAUUUUGUGAUUUGUAUCAGUCAUCUUAUGUUAUAGUGUCUUAUAUAGUGUUACAAAUGAUAUAAGCUGCUAAUUUGUUGUAUAGAUGAGUCUUCUGGGUGCUGCUAAUUGGGAGUUCAAAUGUGGGAAUAUUUCUCACUCUGGCUGCCAGGUGGGUCACAUAAGUACUUACUCUUGUGGAAUGGUGCAAAGAAAACAGCAAAUGCAUAGAAAAUUAUUUUCUUGGCUGUCACACAAAUGCACUUCACAUGAUUAAUGGAAAUAAAUUUCUAGCUACAUACCUGUAUAUGCACUUUACAUGGUGCAUAAAAAUAUAACUAAAUGAAUAAAAAUAACCAAAAUGCAAGUAGUUUCCAAUAUAAAUGAGAAAUAGUUGAGUUCAAGCAUAAUGAUAAAAUAAAUAAAAUCUUUAAAAUUUAUGGAUCUCUCACUUAAAUUUUAAAUUAGACACAUCAAAUAAUUCUUUUAAGUAACUGGAAAUGCUUAACAAAAUAAGUUUGAUGGCGAGUCAGGUUUACCCUGGUUAAUAAAGGUUCACUUUGUGAUGUCCCAUUUCUAUAAGUAUUUCUGUAAGUGCAACAUACAUUCAUUGCAUGUGAUUGGUGUGGUUCACAAAAUAUACUAUAGGUCUUAUGAUGUGGAAUUUAAGUCUUAAUGGCCUGACUGAGUUUAGUAGAGUAAUAUGGGUCUGGAAGACAUCUAUCACAUAAAGAGGCACAAAUUUGAUAAUAAAUUCUUGAGUUCUUCAGUCAGUUUUUUCCAUUGGCAAGGCAUGGAUAACUAGUCAUUAGAGGAAAUAGCCAAGUCACACUGGAAAUAUAUUAUCAGCAACAGGUAAGCUAAAGUACAGAAAGUCAGCAGUGUGUGACAGCAGCAGUCAACCACAUGGAAGUUCACUUAAAAUAAGCUAAGGUAUUUUAAAAAUGAGUCACUAAGUUGAACACACGGUUUUUCAGUCAGAAUUGUGCCAUUUGAUGAAUAAUUUCAGUCAGGAAGGCAAUGAAAAAGAGUUACUUAUGAUAUUAGUUCAUGAGUCAAACUGACUAUUCAUGUUGCCACCUAAAUGUUAAUAAAAUUGUAGGUGUGACCAUAAAUAAUGAGAAGUUUUGGUCAAGCAUUACGUAAGUAUAUAGUCCAACAACCAGCCAGUCAGGCAGUCUUCAAAUAUUGUACAUUACCACAUAGUCAGUCAUCCAGUCAGUCAACCAGCCAGUCAGUCUGUCAUCAGACAAAUCAGCCACUUAGUAUCAGUCUAUCUACUAAGGAGGGCCAGUCAAGAUGUUGGUAAGUGAAAGGGUCAUUAUGAAUAAUGAAAUCUUGGUAAGUAGUAAAUAUUCACUGAAAAGUCAACAGCUUCAGGAGACUGGAUAAGACAAUCAGUUACUUUCAGCAGGUCAGUCACACAAUUGAGGAAUUAAUCAACUAUGAAGCCAAGGCAGAAUUUAAAUACAAAUUCAAAGUGUCAGUUUGCCUUGUAAUAAAUAACUUCACUUAAAAUUACUGCCAAAUCCACUGUUCAGUUGGUAUAUGACUAAAAGAUAAAUAUCAUUUACAGAAUCCCUUGGCAGCUUAAUAUUUCAUAAUAAAUCAUAAUUUCAGAUUUAAUACUUUAGACUCAUUUUAUAGAGGAAUCUUAGAACUUUGAAAAAUAUACAUUGGAGGAAUUUGAAAAACUUUGAAAUGAGUAAAAGUAUUUAGGUAAACUUGGGAGAGUUACUUAGAAACAGUAUCCAGUUGUUACACAUAUAGUGUAACCUACCAAGCUGAAUCUUUUACUGUAUAAAUGUAUGUUAAAGGUGGCAUUUAUCUAACAGGUUAAACAAGGUAGUGUUUGGCCUUACUGAUACUUGUAUUCGAGGGAGGGAAAACAUGGUAGUGGCUGGCCUUCCUGAUACUGUAUUUGUAUAUAAGGUAGGGAAACGUGGUAGUGUGUAGCUUGAUAUUUUUUUUUUUAAGGUUGGGAAACAUAGUAGUGUAUGGCCUUCAUGGUGUUUGUAUGUAAGAGGGGGAAGCAUUGUAGUGUGGCCUUCCUGAUACAAGUACUUGUAUUUAACCCUUGAAGUGGCUGUCACAUAGAACUACGUACAUCAUUGAGGCCAGGGGUCUCCUCAUGUACUUCUACGUCAUGAGCUCGGCUCAUUUCUUUCUUUUUGUUUCUCUUUCUCUUUUACUUUCUCUUUCUGUUUUUUAAUUUCUUUUUCUUUUUCUUUCUCCUUCUUUUUUCUAUUUCUUUUUCUCUUUCUCUUGUUCUUUCUUUUUCUCUUUUUCUUUCUCUUGUUCUUUCUUUUUCUCUUUUUCUUUCUCUUUCUGUUUCUCUCUAUCUCUCUCUCUUUUGAUUAAAUAUCAGUCACUAAAAAGGUCACUUAUUGCACAAUACACAUGUUAGGUAAAAGGACACAAGCGCAACUAUUGUGACAUUAUAUUUUGGCAAUGUUUUGUUCUAGAGGAGCCUUGUUAAGUCAUUACACAAUUUACAAGGAGCAGCAGUACAAUAAUGUAAUUUACAAAGCAUUUAACAAAUGUUACACUGUGCUUUAUUAACACUUUUAUGAUGUACAUUCGUAUAAGUUAUAACUUAUUGGCCAUUCAAAGGAAUGCAAAAGAAGGGUUCUUGAGCCUGGAAAGUGGUUCUGCUUUCCACUUCCUUGGAUCAAAUCGCAUUGUCUGCCAUUCCCUGUGUGCUGUAUAAUUUUUAUGAGUUUAGUACUUCCUUUACAAAAUAAUAUUGAGGCACUGUGGGUAUAAUAAGAGAUUAUUGUUUCAACAUCUGUGGGCCUAGACUGUUUAAUAUCUUACAAGAAAAUACCAAACACACUGCCAGAACAAGUGGAGAAGUCUUCAAAAGGAAACUCAGCAAGUUCUAUACUUCAGUCAAGUCUCAGAUAAACCAGGCUUGAUGGAUAUGUGGGCCUGCUGGUUGCCAGCAGCAGCAACUUGGCUGAUUAGGAAGGUACUAGAUAAGCUUGGCCCAGGGCCAGGUUGCAGGAGUCAGAAAACUCUCAAAACCCAUCAAAGGUAUAUGAAAGGUAGGUUGGUUGAGGACAGUAUCUUGGAGAGGCCUGCUGCAGCUGGCUACUGGUCUGCUGCAGCUGGCUACUGGUCUGUUCGCAUCUUGGGUCUCUUUUGCUUUAGUUUUUUUUUUUUUUAAUUUACCCGGGUAGCUAUUGGGACCUCAGAAAUUUUAGCAGACUUAAUAUUAGCAUCCAUGUCUUAACUCUUACUUUGGGGUGGGAGGAGGGACAACUCCAGAAGUUGUAUAUAGGAGGGGCUCGUGAGUGGCAAGCUAGUUGGAAGAUUGGCUAGGGGACUUGGCUUGAAGCAGCAGCAUAUUAUUAUUUUUUAUAUUUGAGGGGCUUUGGGGAAGCUGAUGGAAUUUUGGAUGCUGCAGCUUUCCCCUUGCCCCUCUCCCUGGGUGGGAGAAUAGUGUAAGUUGCAGUAUGUGUAUGUACAUGUGCAUGAGUGAAGUACAUUUUGUUACAUAGGGUGCUGAAUGACUUUUUUGGUCAUCACUGCUCUCUUAAAGCUUAUUUUCAUCCUCCCAAGCUAGGCUUUUGACACUAAGUAAUCCACAAUUUAGUAUUGGUACUGUACCAUAGUAUAAUUCAUAAAUAGAUUUCUGACAAAUACAUUACAUGGUCCAGUACUAGGUUUCUCUACAAUACCUUACCUAUUACUAGGCUCCUUUACACAGUAUUGUAUCUAUUAUUAAGCUUCUAUUAACAUUACUUAAUCAUUACUAGACUCCUGUCCACAAUAGCUGGUCCAGCACUAGACUUGUACCUAUAAUACUAGGGUGUGCAAUGCUAGGCUCACACACUGCUCUUCAACCCUCCAUGACUGGAAUAACUGAAGUCUAUGCAGCCAGACAUGAAAGCUCAACUCCUCCUCCUGUAAGUGCAACGCUUCAUACAAAGGUGAGCAUUUUUUUUUUUGUUUGUUUUUCUUUUUAAUUCAUUAUUAAAAUACCUUAUUGGGAUUAAAUUUAAUGUAUUUGCAUUGAGCCUAGAGCAAUAUAUUUCUUCCAUGCCUAUCCCCUUUUCAAAAUUACCUUAAAUAUUACAUUUCUUUGCUAUAUUCAUAAAACUGCAUAAUUUUUUGUUCUUAAAUAUGUGAUUGUUCUCCCUGAGCAGGGAGGGAAAAGUUAGUUAUUGCAUUACUUAGGGUGUUUGUUUCUUCAGUUUGGACAUUAACAUAUUUGGUUAAGGCAUAUCUCAUUCAUUUGACAAUGAUAUAUUAAUGUUAAGAGUUCUUAAUGUCAGAGUAUAUUAUAAACUUAAUUAUAAAAUAAAUAUUUUGUGUACAUGUGUGUAUGUAUACGUGUGUGUGUGUGCAUACUAUAUAUAUUAAUAGUAGAAAUAAAACAUAAUUUUAAGGUAAAUAAGCUGUUUGAGAUAGAAUGUAUAGUUGUAGUAUUAUGCAGCUUGGUGGUGGUGGUGAGCGAGCUUACCCAAUGUUCUGGGGUUACAGUGGCAGGAGUGCCAUGCGGCCGAGCACAGCUCAGGGUGGGCAGGAUCAAGGGUGGAAUGGAUGCCAGCCCUGGAGAGUUCCCAUGGCUUGUCUCCAUCAGGGUAGCAGGCGCCACUGGUGGUCAUUACUGUGGUGGAGCUCUCAUACACCAGCGCUUCGUUCUCACUGCUGCACACUGUGUCCAUAGGAACAGUGCUAAGUAUGUGGUUGCUGUGGCUGGAGAACAUGACCUCAGUUCCCCUAAUAAUGGACACAGACAAGUGCUACGAGUCAAAGAAAUCAUCUCCCACUCUGAGUUCUCCAAGCGCUACAUCAACGACAUAGCACUUCUGGAGCUGGUUGAGGAUGCUCUCUGGAACAAGUAUGUUCAACCUGUAUGUCUUCCUGACCUCAACACUGAUGGUGUCACUGAUGCCCUUAAUGUCACCGUUGCUGGAUGGGGCAUGACCGAUGAGGCUUCUAAUGGAGGUCAUCAUGCUAGCUUGCUGCAGAAGGUGGUGGUGCAAGUGCUGUCUCGGUCAGACUGUCAACAAUGGUACUCCAGUCAUGCUGGAACAGCUGUUGUCCUCUAUGACACACACCUCUGCGCUGGCUUUGAAAAUGGCGAGAAGGAUGCCUGUCAGGGUGACAGUGGUGGUCCCCUGAUGACAGCUCCUGACAGCGAGGGACACCAGGUGACUGUGGGAGUGGUGUCAGCGGGUAUUGGUUGUGGUCGUCCAAGGCUGCCUGGCCUCUAUACUCGGGUGUCCCGAUACAUCGACUGGAUUAUCAAUAAGCUUAAGACGAGAGGUGUGAAUGUUAAGGUGUAGCCAAGUCUUCAGUAACUUUACCUUACUAGGAUACUUGGAUGGUUCCUCACCAAGACAUUACUUCACUGGGAAGAUACAUCACCAAGACAUUAUCUUACAGGAAAGAUAACUUACAAAGAUGAUAUAUUACCAGAGUACUUACAAACUACAGUAUGAGUGGGGUUAGAACCUAUGGCAAGCGAGUUGUAAAACUCCAAGUUAGUGUGUAAGCCACUGAGCUAGCUGGCUACUGUGGUUUGUUUGCAAUCAUAUUAUGAUUUCGUGAGUCAUGAUGGCAACUUUGAGGGGACUAGAGCUAGAGUUCAUUGCAGCCAUACUGGCAGGAGAUUCAUCUGUAAAAACUUGCAUUUGUGGUCACAGUGGGGGUCCAUGCUAACUUCCCUAUGGUGUAUAAAUAUACCUACUUGGAUAAAUCUUACUGUAGCCUGCUGGCCCAGUGGCUUACGCACUGGCCUGCAGUUUUACAACUCGCUUGGCAUGGGUUCUAACCCAUAUUAUGGUUUGUUUGCAAUUGAGUUAUUAUGAUUUUGUAAGACCAGAAUACCUCAUGAGUAUGCACAUGCACGUGUGUACACACACACACACACACACACACACACACACACACACACACACACACACACACACACACACACACACACACACACACACACACACACACACA